UCUAUAAACAUCUAAAUUCCUGCACUUACUUAAACGUUCUGAUGCCCCUUGAUGAUGACGUCUUAAUGUAGUUUGAUCGAUGUAAAAACCAGCCAAUCACAUCCGCGAAAUCGAGUGAUAGGCGGGGACUAUUAGAGACCGAGUGAGCCAAUGAACAAGUGGUGAGCUCCUCAUUGGCCAAUCAGAAGCUUGGUGCCCACUGGCCGUGUAUGAGUCCGGGUGGCCGUGGGUGGCAGUUUAUUCCUCCAGAAGCCAGUGUUUUAAUACACGAUGCAGUUCAUGCUUCUGUUCAGUCGGCAGGGGAAGCUCAGGCUGCAGAAGUGGUACGUGCCUCUGUCGGAUAAGGAGAAGAAGAAGAUCACCAGGGAGUUGGUGCAGACGGUCCUGGCUCGAAAGCCCAAAAUGUGCAGCUUCCUGGAGUGGAGAGACCUCAAGGUGGUCUAUAAGAGAUACGCCAGCCUGUACUUCUGCUGUGCCAUCGAGGACCAGGACAACGAGCUCAUCACGCUGGAGAUCAUCCACCGAUACGUGGAGCUGCUGGACAAAUACUUUGGCAGUGUUUGUGAGCUGGACAUUAUUUUCAACUUUGAGAAGGCGUACUUCAUCCUGGAUGAGUUCCUGCUGGGUGGAGAAGCUCAGGAGACGUCCAAGAAGACGGUGUUGAAGGCCAUCGAGCAGGCCGACCUGCUGCAGGAGGUAAGACGACUGCCGGGGACAGUGCGGGGACACAAUAGAUUUCAUACUGAGGACUUAGUCUCUCCAUCGUUCUGCUACUGUAUUAAUAAUCGGCCCUCACUCUCCACUGCUAACGUCAACAGUUAGGAGGUUUUUCAGACCAAAGAAAUGAAUAGAAAGUUAAAUGAAGUUUGUUACACAAGCACCGCUUCCUCAAAUACAGUUACCAUCCUUAAGAAUUCAAUCCUGGUUACAGCAAGUACGGUUUAAUACUUUUUAAUCCGUUGCAUUUGUCACAUUUCUUUUUUUAUCCACCUAAGCCAAGCGUAAACACUUUUUUUUGCAAUAUUUAAACUUUAUUUUUCUGGCAUUUCCAAUCAGUUUCUUUUUUUAUUCCCAAAUACACGUAACAUUAGAUGAAUGAGAACACUCAGUGCUGCUGCUCCUUAAUGUUCCAUUACCUGCUGCCAUAUUCAAAUUUGAUCCGCUGAUGUGAAAUGUUGAAACAUCAAAUAUGUAAAAACAAUAACAUCGCCACCGUAUUUGUGCCUCAGCGAUGUUAUUGUGAUGGAGCAGCUUUAGCUUAGCACAGCGAAGCCCUGAUUGUUCCAGACUCCAUUCAGAAAACACGCAUUUUAAAAACUGGUUUGCUUGUCGUCUCGCGGACGGACCUGACAAAGCAUGAAUUCAGACUUUUUACAAAUCAGCGUCAUGAUUAAGUUAUUUCGGCAUCAUUUGAAUCUGUUUAUUGCAAUUAAAUUAAAGCAAAAUCCUUUUUCAUUUUCGUCUCAUAAAGCUGUCGUAAACCAGAUUAAUUCAGCUGCAGUAAAUCAUUUUUAUAAACAAUUAUUAACAGUUAUGAACACAGACAC